UCAAAGAACGCCGAUUGCCACAUGACUGGAUGAGACUGAACAGAUGCACGGAAGCACAGCAACCCAUCCUCAUGAGCAGGCGGUCGUGAAAACUUCACACGAGUCUUAUCUGGAUUCAGGAAGAGUAACGGCAGCACACCUGUUCUCACUGCCGUGGAGCUUCAUAAUGCUCACAUUACAACCUUAAAGACUCUGCAGGCCUGUUACUCUGAGGGAGAGGAGUGUGACAGACAGCUCUGAAUAACAUGUUCUCUUCAGCCUGAGCUUCACUCUGUGUUUGAAAGAAAUGGCAACAAAAGGCAGGCUGGUGCUGCGGAGUGUGUUCACGGGACUCAGAGCUCAUGCUGUCUGGUAUCAAAGCUUAGCUGCGACUCCCAGUCAAGGACUGCUGCUUUGGAGACCUCAGCUCAGACAUCUGAGCUGCUCAUACGGACUCUGCGGGGCUGCUCCGCCCUCCACAGGUCCCAGCAGUCUGUCGUUCAGGAGUCACACCUGUGGAGAACUGCGAUCAGAUGAUGUGGGGAAGAAAGUCACUCUGUGUGGUUGGGUCCAGUAUCUCAGGCAGGACCUGUUCGUCAUCCUGCGAGACUUCAGUGGCUUGACACAAAUUCUAAUUCCUCAGGAAUCUGCAAGUACUUUGAAAACCACAUUGUGCAAUCUGACGCCCGAGUCUGUCAUCAAGGUUACAGGAACAGUCAGGAACCGACCAGUGGGGCAGGAGAACAAGGGGAUGCCAACAGGAGAGAUCGAAGUCCUGGCAGAUGAUGUGGAGGUCUUCAAUGUGUGCCAGAAGCUGCCGUUUGAGAUAAAAGACUUUGUCAAAAAGUCCGAGUCAUUGCGGAUGCAGUAUCGCUACCUGGACCUGAGGUCAUCACAGAUGCAGAAGAACCUAAGACUGAGAUCCAAGCUGGUGAUGAAGAUGAGGGAGUAUCUCUGUAAUGUGCACGGCUUUGUGGAUGUGGAAACUCCCACUCUGUUCAAAAGGACACCAGGGGGAGCCAAAGAGUUUGUGGUUCCCUCCAGAGAGCCAGGCUUGUUUUACUCGUUACCCCAGAGUCCACAGCAGUUUAAGCAGCUUCUCAUGGUGGCUGGUGUAGACAGGUACUUUCAGAUAGCCCGGUGCUACAGAGACGAAGGCUCCAAACCAGACAGGCAGCCUGAAUUCACCCAGGUGGACAUAGAGAUGUCUUUUGUGGACCAGGCAGGUAUCAUGUCACUGGUGGAGGGUUUGCUGCAGUACUCUUGGCCUGCAGAACAUGGUCCUCUUAAGGUUCCUUUCCAGACUCUGACAUAUGAAGAGGCCAUGAGGGACUACGGUGUGGACAAACCCGACACCAGAUUCAACAUGAAGCUAAUAGACCUCAGUCAGAUCUUCCUUUCCACGGAAAUUGAAUUCCUCCAAUCAGCUCUUGGCCAACCAGGAGGCUCCGUUCGGGCCGUCUGUGUCCCCAGUGGAGCAAAACUUUUUACUGGGAAGGAUUUGGAAGAACUGAAAGAAAUUGCCAAGACUCCGUUUGGACAGGAGCUGAGCCUGGUGCUGGUCAGAGCAGACGGGACAUUGAAAUCUCCCCUGAAGAAGCUGCUGUCUUUGUCUGUCACAGACGAUCUACUGAAGUGGACUGAAGCCAAGCCCGGAGACCUGCUUCUGAUAGCAGCAGGCUCCCACCACACUGUUUGCCCGUUGCUGGGUCAUCUUCGCCUGCAGUGUGCAAAGCUCCUGGAGUCUCAUGGUGUGGUAGUGCGUGACCCCGCAGCCUUCCACUUCCUGUGGGUCGUGGACUUUCCUCUCUUCUUGCCCAAAGAAGAUUAUCCAGAGGAGCUGGAAUCAGCUCAUCAUCCAUUUACUGCACCAGUACCAGAGGACACACAGUUACUCUACACAGAUCCACACAAGGUUCGUGGUCAGCACUAUGACCUGGUGUUAAAUGGCUGUGAGAUCGGAGGAGGCUCCAUUCGCAUCCACAAAGCCUCAGAGCAGCUUUAUGUACUGAAGAAUGUCCUUAAGGAGGACCCCGGUCUUCUCUCCCACCUCCUCGAGGCCUUGGAUUCAGGAGCACCGCCUCAUGGAGGCAUUGCUCUGGGUUUGGAUCGACUGGUCUCAAUAAUAGUCGGAGCUCCCAGCAUCCGUGAUGUAAUCGCCUUUCCCAAGUCAUUCCGCGGUCAUGACCUCAUGAGCCGUGCACCCGACUUGGUGUCUGAAGAGGACCUGAAGUGUUACCACAUUUCUGUUAAGUGGGCAACAGAGCAAGGAGGAGAGAGAAAGUGAUUAAGAAGAACCACAGAUAUUGAAGGAUGUCUGUGUAGUCCCAGGUCUGGUGAGGCUGAGGAGAUGUGCAGACUAUCAGCAGACAGCAAAGAGACUUUGAGACUGUAAGAUCUGUGCCAGAUGGCACAACAACAGAGACAAAGAGGAAGAGCUGGUGCUGUGGUUGCAGCUCUGGAUGAGAGAUACUUGUGGCUGCAUUGAUGCUGCCACAAGUAUGUGGUCCUUCGCAUCCUCUAUGUUUGUGAUCCUUCGCAUCAAGUUUUUUUUAGAUAUUUAUAUCUUUUUACUGAUUCUAUACAGCUGCUUAUCAUGGGGUGGUUUGGUGUACAUGUUCAAAUGAGGCAUUAUCUGAAAUAAGAAUAAAUUUAUAAUGUCAUUGUUUUUGAUGCCAAGAAGUUAAAUUUCAGCAUGUGCAGAACUAAAAUCCAAAAGUCAUAGAUUCUCACUUAUGAUUUUCUGGUUGUAUAAUCAUACAAACACAUAAUAUUCAAGUAAAAUACAACCCACUUUCAAAAAGUUUGAAUCUUCUGUGUAAUGUAAAUAAAAACAGCAAGCAAUGAUUUGAAAAUGACAUAAACCCAUA